AUGCUCUCCAGAAACUCGACCCGAACGGCCCAGAGCCUCCUGCGAGCAGCCUCCAAGCAGGCGCAGCCCUCGGUCGCGGCACGAUCCUACGCCACCGUCCAGAGCGACGUCUUCAAGCCUGCCAAGUAUGGCGGCAAGUACACGGUGACCCUGAUUCCCGGCGACGGUAUCGGGUCCGAGGUGGCAGAGAGCGUCAAGACCCUCUUCAAGGCAGACAACGUGCCCAUCGAGUGGGAGCAGAUCGACGCAUCCGGCCUCGACAACAGCGUGAGCGGCAGGUCGGCCGAGGACAUGUUUAAGGAGUCUGUCGCCUCGCUGCGCCGCAACAAGCUCGGCCUCAAGGGCAUCCUGCACACCCCGCUCGAGCGGUCCGGCCACAAGUCCUUCAACGUCGCCAUGCGACAGGAGCUCGACAUCUACGCCUCCAUCUCCCUGAUCAAGAACGUCCCUGGCUACGAGACCCGCCACAAGGGCGUUGACAUGUGCAUCAUCCGCGAGAACACCGAGGGCGAGUACUCGGGCCUCGAGCACCAGUCCGUCGGCGGCGUCGUCGAGUCGCUCAAGAUCAUCACCCGCGCCAAGUCGGAGCGCAUCGCCAAGUUCGCCUUCAGCUUCGCCCUGGCCAACAACCGUAAGAAGGUCACCUGUAUCCACAAGGCCAACAUCAUGAAGCUUGCCGACGGCCUGUUCCGCUCCACCUUCCAGCGCACCGCCGCCGAGUACCCCACCAUCGAGGCCAACGACAUGAUCGUCGACAACGCCUCCAUGCAGUGCGUGUCCAAGCCCCAGCAGUUCGACGUCAUGGUCAUGCCCAACCUGUACGGCGGCAUCCUGUCCAACAUCGGCGCCGCCCUCGUCGGCGGGCCCGGCAUCGUGCCCGGCUGCAACAUGGGCCGCGACGUCGCCGUCUUCGAGCCCGGCUGCCGACACGUCGGCCUGGACAUCCAGGGCAAGGACCAGGCCAACCCCUCGGCGCUGAUCCUGUCCGGCAGCAUGCUGCUGCGCCACCUCGGCCUCGACGACCACGCGAACCGCAUCUCCAAGGCCAUCUACGCCGUCAUCGCCGACGGCAAGGUCCGCACCCGCGACAUGGGCGGCGAGUCCACGACACAGGAGUUCACCAAGGCCAUCCUGGACAAGAUGGAGACCCUGUAA